GUAUAAAAUAUUUUCCGCAUACAUUUUUAAUGAUUCAUUUGCCCUUAGCGUGAAAGUCGCUGUCCAUUUCACUUAUUUUCUUCAUUAUUUUUAACUACUAAAAAACUAGGAUUGCAAUGUCAGUCUUUAUCACUUGGUGUCGGUACAACCAUACCAGAUAAACCGCUGACGUGUUAACGUCACGGCUCUCAGCUCCACCCCCCUUUUCCUUUAGACGGUCUUAAAACGAGCAUCUUCCCUCAAGCGAGUACACAGUUUCACUACAUAUUUGGGUUGUCUCACGACAGUGGGUGAAGCCGAAGGAUUUAUUUUCAUUUUUAUUCCACCUACUAAUGGACCUAUAGCCUGAUGUAAGAUUUUUUAUUUUUAUUUUCUUGCCAUUUAUUACGCCAUGGAACAAAGGAGACAUAUUGUGCAGCGAGCGCAGACAGUGUGGCUUGUCUAUGUAAUGGUUUUGAUCAUUUUUUGGAGCAGAGCUUUGGCACAAAUCCGUUAUUCCAUCGAUGAGGAGGUGAAAGAAGGAACAUUUGUUGGAAAUAUUGCAAAGGAUUUGGGUCUCGAUAAGACGACACUGAAAGACAGGGGCUACCGUAUUGUCUACAGCUCCUCGGAGCCGCCUUUUCGGAUGAACAACGAGGAUGGCAUCUUGUAUGUUAGCCGACAAAUAGACAGAGAGAAGGAAUGUGACCGCAGUAAGGUCUGCGUGAUCGACCUGAAAACCGUUUUGGAAAACCCACUUGAGGUGCACUAUGUAGCGGUGGAGAUACUGGAUGUGAACGAUCACGCACCAAGCUUCCCAGAGAGUGAAAAGAUAUUGGACAUUUCUGAAUCUGCUUUAGCAGGAGCAAAGUUCCAGUUACAAGCUGCGCGGGAUGCUGACAGUGCUCUAUUAUCUGUUCAGCAGUAUACGUUGAGUCCAAAUGAACAUUUUCGUUUAGAGGUGAAAGAUCGCGGCGAGGACCGCAAAACUCCGAGUUUAGUUCUCCAGAAACCGCUUGAUAGAGAAUCCGUCAAGUCGCAUGUAUUAAUUCUGACUGCAACUGACGGGGGUAAACCUCCGCGGUCCGGAAACAUGACAAUAAUAGUUGAUGUCUCGGAUGUUAAUGAUAACCCUCCCGUGUUUGCAGAUGAUUCAUAUCAUGCACAUUUAAAGGAAAACUCUCCAAUUGGAACAACUGUAUUACAAGUCAAUGCCACAGAUAUGGAUGAAGGGUCAAAUGGUGAAGUUGUUUAUUCUUUUGGUAAUGACGUGGAUGCGCGAGUUCGAGCCCGUUUCGACUUAGACCCCUCCACUGGCAUCAUUAGUGUGUCUGGGUCUAUAGAUUUUGAAGAAAGCGGCAGAUAUGAGAUUGAUAUCCAGGCAUCAGACAAAGGUGCGGCAACACUGACAACGGACAAAACAGUCAUUAUACACAUUGUUGACGCCAAUGACAACGCACCAGAAAUUGAAGUGACAUCUUUCUCCCAUGCGCUCCCAGAAAACUCAAAACCCGGUACUACAGUGGCUUUGAUAAGUGUCAAGGAUUUGGACGCGGGACUCAAUGGAAAAGUGGUAUGUCAUAUCAACCAGGGUGUUCCAUUUCUCCUCAGCCCAUCUUUGCAAAAUAAUAUGUAUUCUCUAGUGACUAAAAUGCUUUUGGACAGAGAGAAACAAUCACAAUACGAUGUAACUAUUAUUGCUAAAGACACGGGUGAGCCGUCACUGUCAUCUUACAAGACUAUAAAAAUAAGUGUGUCAGAUGUAAACGAUAAUAGUCCUUUGUUUUCACAGAAUCCUUAUACUUUCUAUAUUGUUGAAAAUAACGCCCCUGGCGCGUCUAUUCUAUCAGUUACGGCCCGCGAUAACGACGAGGGAAGUAAUGCGCUAAUUUCAUAUCAUAUUCUGAGAGAGAAGGGAGGAGAAACGUCAGUGAAUUCAUUUUUAAACGUUAACACUGAAAAUGGAGACAUCGUUUCACAUAAAACGUUUGAUUUUGAAAAAAUGAAAACUUUCCAGUUCCACGUGGUGGCGUCAGAUUCAGGAAGUCCGUCACUGAGCAGCAACGUCACAGUGAACGUGUUCAUUCUGGAUCAGAACGACAAUCCUCCAGUCAUUCUGUAUCCACUCAGCUCUAAUGGUUCUGCUGAAGGUGUGGAGGAGAUUCCCCGCAAUGUGGACGCAGGACACUUGGUGACUAAAGUCAGAGCCUAUGAUCCUGAUAUAGGAUAUAACGGCUGGUUACUGUUUUCACUGCAGGAAGUUUCUGACCACAGUCUGUUUAAUUUGGACCGAUAUACAGGACAGAUCAAAACACUUCGUCCAUUCACAGAGACAGACGAGGCUGAGCAUAAACUGGUCAUACUGGUGAAAGACAAUGGGAACGUUUCACUGUCAGCAACAGCUACUGUGAUUGUCAAAGUUGUGGAGCCCAAAGAAGCUUUUGCAGCUUCUGAUGUGAAAAGUUCAACCAAAGCAGAUGAGGACAAUGAUGUGACUUUUUACCUGAUGAUAACUUUGGCCUCAGUUUCUGCUCUUUUUCUCAUCAGUAUCAUUGUGCUGAUUGCAAUGCAGUGCUCCAAGUCCACAGACUAUACUUCUAAAUAUCUACCAGAGCCAAACUAUGAUGGAACAUUGUGUCACAGCAUCCAGUACAGAUCUGGAGACAAACGGUACAUGUUAGUUGGACCCAGGAUGAGUAUUGGAUCUACUAUAGUCCCAGGAAGUCAUGCUAAUACUCUGGUCCUCCCUGAUAGAAGAAAGACAUCUGAAGAGGUAAGAUGA